AUGUGGCAACGGCUUGUGGUCGAACAUGGAUUGGUAGUUGGAAAAGAAACGGUAAGACAAGCUAUGAGGAUCUUGGAUCCUGACGGUGUUGAUCAAAGGUUGCGUCACAGGCUCAAAAGGCGACAAUAUAAAGGACGAGGGCCAAAUUUUCUUUGGCACAUCGAUGGGUAUGACAAAUUAAAACCCUUUGGAUUUUGUAUACAUGGAGCAAUAGAUGGUUAUAGCAGACGAAUUUUGUGGCUAGAAGUAGGAUUGUCAAACAAUGACCCUGGCAUUAUAGCAAAAUAUUUCAUGGAUUGUGUAAAUCAAGUUGGGGGUACUCCUUGUAUUGUUCGCGCCGACAGAGGGACUGAGAACACUUAUGUGGCUGCAUUUCAACGUUUUUUGAGGAACAAUUCAUGCAACUCCUUCGCAAAAGACAAAAGUUUUAUGUAUGKUCGUUCUGUGUCCAAUCAGAGAAUAGAAGCAUGGUGGUCACAGUUACGUAAGGGGUGCACAGAAUGGUGGAUCAAACAUUUUAAAGAACUAAGAGACGGUGGAUUUUAUUGCDACUCCAAUCCAGUCCAUGUCAAUUGCCUCCAAUUUUGUUAUAUGGGAGUGCUAAGGGAGGAAUUGCAACGUGUUGCAAGACUUUGGAAUAACCACUCUAUAAGACCAUCAAGCAACARUGAAUCACCCUCGGGCYGUCCUGAUUUACUWUAUUUACUCCCUGAAAUCACAGACACCCAAAAUUUCAUUGUCACUGUUCCUGAAGAUGACAUCAGCAUAUGCGAAGAGCUCCUGGGUGAAAGAAACAUUUCCACAUUGGAUUGCAGUAAARACUUUUUGGCACUAGCAAACAUUAUUAUGCAAGAGGAGAAACUAGUAAUGCCAGUAACUCCUUUAGAGGCAAGAUAUCUAUAUUUUGCUUUGUUGAAUCACAUUGACCAUUUGUAAUUAGUAAUUAGUAGGAAAUCACAUGACCUCAAGUACACUGGAAUUAAUACUCCUUUUCAUGAAUGACCCAAACAUUUGAAAUAGUGCAGGGCUUUACCAUAAAUAAUCGCAAUUGUAAAGUUUAUUUUUCAGAGUUUUGUGAGUGUAGAUUUCUGGGCAUCCUAUGUAUGUUAGAAGAUCCAUUGAAGACUAAACAAGUAAGGCAUAGGGCAAACGGUCAAGCUAACCAUGUACUUAAUUCAGUCACGCCAAAUUUGUUUUUCAAUUAUUCAGCUUCAUAUUUUCCCAAUAUUGGUCAAGACUAGUCUCCCUCGCAUCCGUUUGUGGGGAGGGACACAGGAAGCCYGACACUAAAAACUGAUGCKAGGGAGGCAAGKUCAAGACAUGUCUAUUUAGCAAAAUGAUUCCAAGGAAAGGUGCAAAUGUAAGAUAACUAUUUCUCUAGUCCGAAAAUUUAAAUUGGUUGGGCCGAAGUUUAGUUUGACGUUUCCCCUUUAUAAAUACGUCGCACUAAAUUCAGCCGAACCAAUUUAAAUUUUCAUUUUAGUCAAAUAUUUAUCCUAAUUAGUGCAAUUUUGUUCAAUUUCGUAUAAAGUGUUUCACGGAUAUAAUAAAAGCACUGUACMUGUCCUUAUKACUAUUCYGUUUAUUGAAUAGGUUUUGACAGUUAUUGGGAAAAUAUGCAGCGAAAUAAUGGCAAUAUACAAUUUGGUGCYAUAACCCUAAGAUACUAGCAUUGAACCUUGUCAUAAUUAACAUAARAAAACUAGUCAGUCAGGMAUUUGCAUUACAACUCUAUAAAAAGUUUAUUAAACAUGCAACAAUGUACUUAAAAUCAACUUAUCAUCUGAUUUGCAAUAUAUUAACUAACUGUACCUUGUGAUAACUUUCUUAAUCAAAAUCAACUUAUAAUCAGCGUUAUCUCAUCU